UUUCCUUCAUUAGUAUGACAGGAUAAUGCAUUUGUCUUUUUCUAUCUUCCUCCACGCUAUAUAUAGCGUGUUGCACCCCUCCAAAAUAAAUUUAUAUAUAUAAUUUCCAAAUAUUCGAGCAUAAAAAAAAUGGCUGGCUGGUCUGCUGAAAAUGCUACUAACGCUUAUCUCAGAGCAAUAAAAAUGGGAGAGAGAGGCAAGGAGCCCGACACGGCGGAGUUCAUCUCGGCCCUCGUGGCCGGCACCAACGCUCGUCUCAUGGUGGUUGCAUGCGCCGGUGCCGCCGACUGCACCGUCUUAGCCCUGGUGGCUGCGGCCCACCAAACUGGCGGCCAGGUGGUGUGCAUCCUGGGCGGCGGCGCGGAGCUGCAGCUGUCGAGGCGAACGCUGGGAGAGAGCGCCGGCGAUGUGAAGUUCGUGGUCGGAAACGCUGAGUUUCUAUUGGCGAGCGAAUACAGAGAAGCAGACUGCGUGGUAGUGGAUUGCAGAAUCAGAAACUGCCAAGAGAUUCUAGAAAGUGCGAUAAGGGUUGGGAGCACGGCCAUGGUUUUGGGGUACAAUGCUUUCUGCAGAGGGUUUGAAUUUGAUGAAGCGCAUUUGCUUCCCAUAGGGGAAGGGCUGCUGGUGAGGAGGGCCGCCGCCACGCCGCCUCGCCGUCGGAGCCGGUGGGUUGUGAAGGUGGACAAAUUCACUGGUGAAGAGCAUGUUUUUAGAGUCGGGAGUAAGCCUAAGUUUUGAUUAAUUAAUUUGGUCGAGUAAUUAGGUUUUUGAUUAAACACUGCUCAUGUUCCAUAUACAUGACUUGUUUUAUUAGAAUUUCAAGAUCCUAACUGUAAAUACUACGUACAUGCAUUGCAAUUAAUUUGAAUUACUCAGAGUGAGGAACUGAUUCUGUAAAUUAAGAAUCCAUCUACCUAUUUUUGUAAUUUGUUACUCAAUAUAUUAUCUCAA